AAAUGAAAGGAAAGUUAUAUAGAUGUCUAGAGACAAAACAUAAAAUUGAAUAUUCAAAAAUUAAUUUUUAAAUUGGUUUGCGUACGAUUUUUAGUGAAGUUUUUAAGUGAAACAAAACCGUGAUAGAAGCUUGUUUUAAUGAAAUAUUAUAGCCGAUAAUAGGCUCAGUUCAAUACUUCCUGUGUGAUGGUGAUUGAUAUUGAAAUGUUAAAAUUUGUUCAUAUUAUUUCAUUCAACUUCAUUUCGUAUGCAUUACAAACAAUUAUUUAUGCUCUAGAUGUUCUUAACUCCUGAAUGUAUUUUGAUAAAAUCAACGCAUUUGCAUUGAAAUACACAAAACCAAUGUGAUAAUUGAUAGUUUUCGAUGGCGGUAUGUGUGGUUGAAAAUAAGACAAGAAAAUUAAAUUAUGUUUAAUAGAAAAAAUCACUAUUAAAUGACAAACAGAACAAAGUGAUUCCAAAACAAAAUAAACGGGCUAAAUCAUUGUGUGUGAGAAUUUUUUUUUUUUCAUCAAACAUAUUAUGUUAUCGGCAUGUGUGUAUUUAUUAUUGAGCAUACAUUUGGCCAAAGGUACAAUGUCAAAAUUCUAGUGUGAUAAAGGAAACAAUUUAUCACGAUGAAAUUAUCUCCGAACACUACACAAACAAUGAAAAAAAGUGUGAGACUAUGAGAAAUAUGCAUUUCGGGCCAUAAAGUGUCGCUACAAUGAACACGCCCGACACCCAACUUCAAAUUGCAUUACAAUUGUACCAUGCAAUUAUUCAUGUUCGUAUAUUAAUUCUCUACGGUUGAUUUUUUUUUCUGUUCUAAAAAAAAAUUAUUUUUAUACAUUUGUGAAAACGACGAUUUCAAAUAUUGUGGAUUUAAUGUUUGGUGAAAACGAAAUAAAGACUUUAUCAAUUGAGAGACGGUUUUUGUGCUAUGCUGCAUAAUAACAAUUUCUCUAUAUGCUGCAAAUCAGGAUUUUACAUUGAAUUUCUUUUAAAAACAAUAUGGACAACAUUGAUAAUGGGCCUACACACACCGUUUCACCACAUCGUAAAAACUCAGAGCAUUUCAAGGAUAUCUCAACACCAUCAGAUAGUGAGGCUGACAUAUCGACAAAAAAUCGACAUUGUGUCUCUUUGCCGCUGUACUAUGAUCAGGUUCAGGGUGAAUUGUGCACUUUUACUUCAAGGCGCGGUAUGGAGUGUAUGCCAUUGAGAACAUCAUCGGGAGCAUAUCAUUAUCACGUGAACGAUCAAACAAAAUCUCUACAGGAACUGCAGAAUGAAGUCGGCGCAUUGUUGGAAUUUCGGGAUUUGGUCAUUGAAACAUUUCCAGAUCUCAAAAAUAAAAUGGCUUCAAUAUCAGCGUCCAGUACCGGUGUGCCGUCAGCGUCAUUGUUGGCUUCAAGACGUGACUGGGAACCAGGUAUUCGUGUUCGACGUAAACUAAAUCACAAAGAAACAUCCGAUAUUCAUAAUUCGUCUUCGUUGACUCGAAGCCGAAGUAAUUCGCAUAGUAAUAAGAAGGAACCAAAGAGUGGCGAAGGUAAUAAUGCUAGUGUUAUACAAGACUCGGGAUUUUCCACCGAAACCAGCUCAUCAAAGGAGACGCAUAGUGCGACGUCAACAAAUGGAGCUGGCGUUACAACUGCCAUCGGUGGUGGCAGUAGUAGUAGUAAUUCAGCAUCCGGCUUCCAGCGCGUAUCGCAUGAAGCCGAAGACGAAUUAUGGAAUUUAUUAGAUGUGAUACAUAGAAAAAGUACACGGCUACGUGAUGAAAUGGAACAUUUGCGGCUGAUAGAAGGUGGUGAUGGUAAAAAUUCCGAUUCACAUCAUUUACACCAUGAUCAUGAUCAUCAAUAUAUGGCCACACAUGAAACAAGCAAUCGUCAUUUAACCGAUAUAUUUCAAAUGGAAUUGAAUCGGAUAAAUGGUGAAGAUAUGGUUACAUUACGCAAAGAUCGUGAUCGUUUGCUUGAUAAAUUAGCUGAAAUGGAAGCCGAAGUGGUGGCCGGUCGAAUACGAACAAAUCAAAUGGAAGACGAUGUGAAUGCAUUAACCAUAGUCAAACGUGAUCUAGAGGAACAAUUACGAAUUGCACUUAGUCAAAAACUAGAGCUAAAUAGCCGAUUGCAUGAUUUGAUUUCCGAUCGAAAUGACAUUCCAGCGAGUUAUGCAGAUUUGCCGAAGACUCGUCAACGCUCAUCGAUGGCUGUACGAAAACUAUCGUCGCCGGAUACAUCAACGUAUCAUCAUUCGAAUGUGUUGUUGGGAAAUAAGUUUAGUGGCAAUAGCAAUACCGUUACAAAUAAUACAUUUUCAGCAGUCAUUGUUAAGUCAUCCGGAUCAUCGCAAUUACCAAAUUCAAAAGUCACUGUGGACACUGAUAUGAACAGUGAAUUGUUCGGCGAUGGAACGAUAACGCAAGCAAAUAAACAACAAGAAUACACAUUGGGCCGUUUAGAUGGUUUGGUCAGUUCGCCAAAUCGAUGUAGUAAAGUGCGAGUGGCCGAUUCCAGAAAAAUAGCUGCCAUAUUAUUAGAAACAAAUAUCGUCGAACUGCAACGACAUUUAUUGACAAUUACAGUUCAAAAUCAGGCUCUGACACAGAGACUAGAACAAGCAACUAAGUCGAAAAUAUACCUAAUCAAAAAAUUAGAUAAGGCGAAAGAGGACAUUGAUGACCUAAGGUUUCAAUUGGAAGAGCGAAAUAUUGAACUCGAAGGCACAAAAGCACAAUUACGUGUAAUGGCAUCCAAAUCAAUGAAAUCGGAUUAUGGUUCGUCAGUGAUUAUGAAUCAAGUGUCGACGCCAAGUAUGAAAGCAAUGACACCGUUGGUAUUAGAUGAUCUACAAAAUACAAGUAGCACGGAAUCGGCCCACGAUAAUGCGGAACGUGAUAGUAGCGUACGUGGUACAACAUCAAAAUAUCGUCCGAGUAAAAUUCCAUUGCCGGGUUCAAAGAGUUAUUUAGCACCGAAACCGCCAACGGGACGAAAUUUUGUAAAUUCACGCAGCCCAUCGGGACCGCCGUCAAAUAAAAGUCUCAAUAAAAGUACCAGCAGUCUAAAUAGUCGAUAUGAUGUAUCAAAUUCAAUGCAACAAAAAAUUACACAGAUUUCAACAUCACCAAAUCUUUAUCGGCCCGAAUCGGCACAAAGUCUACGCAAAGAUAUGUCAUUAAAUAAUACAAAUCGAAGCAGUUCAUCGUCGAUACCCGUUUCGACGCCAAAAUCAUCACCGACCCGAACAAAUCCAGCCAAAAAUUCACCAGUACCAAAAAGUAAACGGGAAUCACUCACAUCAAAAGUACGAAAUAUGGAUUCAAUGACAUUGUCUCGUAUGCACACAUCACCAUCACAUCAAGCAUCAGUCACAUCAACGCAACCACAAUCACCAAUUCAUUCAACCGGCACACCCACACACCAUCUAAAUAAUAGCAAUUGCAACAACAACAGUAGCAAUCAUCUAUACAAAUCCAAUUCAAAAAAAGAUCUGAGCUCGAGCUUUUCCAUUGGACAAAAGAAACAGCAAAAUUCCGCCAAUAAUUCACCAAUCCGACGUGUUAGUAGCAAUAGUUUUGGUAGCAAAGGCAUCGAUUUAUCGAAUACCUCCGAACCCGUACAAACCGAAAAGAUUGAUGAUGUUGAAUAUAAUCCAGAUUUAAUUCGAGAAUAUUUGAUGAGAAAUCGUGAACCACCGGCAAUAUUUCAACCGUCCGCAAUGACAACAUACAAUCCAUUGAAAGCGCUUCAGCAACGAUUUGUAAAUAUGGCAUACCGACAUCCACAAUUGUUGAUCGGUGAAAAAGAUGAGGGCGACAAAAUCGAAACGGAACUAUAUGAACAUGAAAUGAUCAACACCGAAAAUUUCAACGAUCCCAAAUUUCGAUCAUUCAAAUUGAAUAUAUUCGAGAGCAACAAUGAAAAUGCAACAACAUCGAAACCAAUAAAUACCGAUUGCCGACUAAUUGGAAAUGUAAAACCAAAUCUUAUCAAAACGUGGGAACAAUUGAACGGCACAAUGGCAUCACAUUCAUAUCCAAAAGAAAGCAACGAACAACUGAAUGCACGACAAACGCACAUUAGUCCCAUGAUUUACUUCAAUAACAAUCAUAUGGUAUUUGAUCAAAAGAUGCCAACCACAUCGAAAAAUAACGAAAGUUUUGUUAUAAAACGACCUGCAUCACAAUCCGGCCACUAUUAUGAUAGCAUAGAUAAUGAAUCGAUUGUAACCGAAGAUGAUGAGGAACAACUAAUCGCAUCACUGUGCGAUGUGGAAAACGGCGGUGAAGCGAUGGCCGAAUACAUUUCACUGAUUGAAAAAAAGGAAAAAUUCUGCUGGUCAAUUGACAGUUGCAAUUGAAACAAAUCAAAAACUACUACUACUGUAACAUGCCUUUUUUCCAUACGAACAUUUUGUAUAAUUAAAAUUGAUAUAACGCAACGCACAUAUGACAACAUUUUUACAGUUUUUUUUAAGUAUAGAUGAUUCUGUUUCAUUCGGUUUGUGACGGAGAAAACGACUUCAAUAGAUUUACUUUUUUUUAGUUUAAACAAGUGACUGAAAUAGUAAAUUAAAUUGGAAUUGGUGCACCAUACACAAACACACCUGUUAAAUCAAGGCCACUCAAACUGUUUUAUAUCUACGAUUAUUAAGUUCACAUAAAACGUGUUUUUUAAAUAUCUGUACAAUUGUACAUAGUUGUGACAUUCCAAUAUUAAAAUGUAUUGAAAUGUAAUCUAGUCGACGAAAAUAGGAUUAUUUUUUUUAAAUGAAAAAAAGAUUAAAUUUUGUUAUAUUUAUUAUUAUUAUUCUGUUUCAGUUUUCUCAAUUUACUCAGUAAAUUAAUUAUAUCAAUUAUGGCAGAAUGGAAUGUAACGUUUGUAGGAAAAGAAUUAGAUUUGUGAAAAGUUUUCUAAAAAAAACUAUGUAACACAAAACGAUUUAAUGUGAAACUGAACUGAAAUCGAAAAUGUCUGUUUGAAAUUAAAAAAAAGAUGAAAUAAUUAUAAUUAUUAAUUGUAUUCGAAUUAAAAGUGCUUAUUUAUUAAAACCAAAUUUAAA